GUGGCGGCCAGCAGCAGAGCCCAGCACGUCGCGGCCGUCCAGUUCAUCCUUGUGGGGCGAGCCUGCGGCCAACGGAGAAAGGACCUCAGCUUCUUGAAAUUCACAUGACACAACGAACAAGUGAGAGCAUGUGUCCAGCGGGAUUUAGCGAUGUGCCGAUUCCUUUUUAUGACUGGAUAAUAUUCCAUUGUGGCAAGCAACUGAUAACCUGGGUCCAGUCUCCUGAGCGGCUUCCCCCCAAGAGCGCGAGGUCCACGGCCAUCCGUGGUCCACGGGCUCCCACAGGGACACCAGGCCUGGCUGGAACACUGGGAUUAGAGACGAGGUGAGUGGACCCCAGGGAGAGGGGAACGGGCCGGGCCCCUCCAUUCCUAGGCCUCAGUGCGGGCUUGGGGUAGGAGGUCCCUCGUACUGGCGAGGGUGGUCCGUGUCCGGGCCGCCUUCAUGGCCUGGGGCCGCAGCCAGAACCUCUCCACAUUCGUCCUACUGGGCUUCCCGGGGCCACGGGGCCUGCAGACCUGGCUCUUCCUCCUCUUCCUGGUCGCGUAUGUGCUCACGGUGGCCGGGAACCCGGCCAUCAUCUCCCUGGUCGGGGCGCACCGGCGCCUCCAGACGCCCAUGUACUUCUUCCUCUGCAACCUCUCCUUCCCGGAGAUCUGGUUCACCACGGCCUGUGUGCCCAAGGCCCUGGCCACGUUCGCCUCGCACAGUGGAGCCAUCUCCUUGGCUGGCCGCGCGGCGCAGAUGUGCUUUGUCUUCUCGCUGGGCUGCACCGAGUACUUCCUGCUGGCCGCGAUGGCUUACGACCGCUACCUGGCCAUCUGCCUGCCGCUGCGCUACGGCAGCACCAUGACGCCUGGGCUCUCCGCCCGCCUCGCUCUGGGCUCCCGGCUGUGCGGCUUCUCCGCCAUCACCGUGCCCGCUGCCCUCAUUGCUCGCCUCUCCUUCUGCCGCUCCCACGUCAUCAACCACUUCUUCUGUGACAUCGCGCCCUGGAUCGUGCUGUCCUGCAGCGACACGCGGGGUGUGGAGCUGGCGGCCUUCGGCAUUGCCUUCUGUGUCAUCCCGGGCUCCUGCUUUGUCACGCUGCUCUCCUACGCCUGCAUCGUUGCCACCAUCAUCAGGAUCCCCUGGGCCCAGGGCCGGCACAGAGCCUUCUCCGCCUGCUCCUCCCAUCUCACCGUGGGCCUCAUCUGGUACGGCUCCCCCAUCUUCCUGCACGUGAGGACCUCGGUGGAGAGCUCGCUGGACCUGACCGAGGCCGUCACGGUGCUGAACACCGUUGUCACUCCCGUGCCGAACCCCUUCAUAUACACCCUGAGGAACAAGGACGCCAGGGAGGCUCUGCGGAGGUCAGUGCAGCGGAAGUGAACCCUCCGAGCCCACACAGUGGGACCGGGCCAUCGGACUGCCCCGCCUGUGGGAGCCAGCGCUCAGCAUCGCUCUCUGCACGGGCUGGAAACAGCAUCCUGACGUCCCAGUGUGGGCGGGGGCUCUUGGGAGGCAGGGGGCUCGGGAAGGGUGCUUGGCAGUGUGGGAGGGCCCCUCCCAGCCCGGCCUCAGGGGGUCUCCGCCCCUCUCACAGGCUUGGGGGUGCCCCCGGGGUCCAGACACAGAUUGUGGAAGCGAAAUGAGGACACGACGCCCCGGGAAGCACUAUGUGCCCUGGCACAUAGCCGCUGCCCACCAGUACUGGGCGCUGGACCAGCCCGUGAGCCCCCAGCCCGGUCUGGGUCCCGGGGCGCUGAGAGCUGUCUUGUCAGUGAGGGGUGGGCUGUCUGCCCUUGGGUUUUUCCCCACUGCUAACACAUGUGGCUUCCUGAGUCUGCCCUCAUUGGUGGCACACAGACUCUCGUCUGGAGUCAGCGUGUGGGUUUGCCUCAGAGCACCCCCCUCAGGGCUCACCUCCUCCUGGGGUCUGCCCUGUGGGACGCACCCGUGUCAAAGGGAGGGGGGCUUGGUUCGGCCUCUGAGUGGCUCAGUGGUGUGAGGUCCUCGGGGUCUGGAACCUCUGUGGGAGGCCUGGUCUGACACGACAGCCCAUCAUUACAUAUUCUCAGAGCAGCAAGCACAGGCUCCGAAUCCAACCCUCUGCCGGCGUGACUUGGGCAAGUCACAUAACGACUCUGUUGUCUGUCUACGAAUGGAGACUGCGCGUGCGCAAUCCCAUGGGGCCCUGAUGAGUAGGUGGGGAGCCCGUGUGUCCGGGGCCCGACGGGAGCAGGUGCUCGGGAGGUGCUGCUGGUGGCACCCAUACUCAGCAGGCCAAGGGACGCCACGUCCAGGGUGUUUAUUCUCUGCAGUGACCCUGUGCCCACAGUACCGGUAAGCAUCUGCCCAGGGGGUUGAGGAGACAUCUCCCAACGGUGGGAAGGUGGGGUUCCCAGACGCCCCAUGGGCCCAGGGCCAGAGUAAAAGUAUACUGCCUCUCUCCGACUCGUCCACUCGGUCAUCUGUAGCUAAUGAUGCUCGUGAAGCCUGUGCUUUUGUGACGUUAUCUCCGAAUCAUGAAUUAAAGCGUGUCUGCAUAUAA